AACAACCACCUAUAAACAAACAAACAAAGCUCCAUCCCAAUCUCAUUCAUUCUCUCAAAACACAAAAUGGUAUCCAACACACAACCCGACCCAUACACCCUACCCAAACUCCCACUCUUCUCCACCACACCACACCACCACCCCGAACCAUCCGGCACACUAACACCACCACACCACGCCACCGCAUCCAUCCCCUUCCAAUGGGAAACACAACCCGGCAAACCCAGACCAUGUACGGACAUAAUAAUAUCAUCUACCCACAACAAAUGCUUAGAGCUUCCUCCAAGACUAGUAGCAAUAGUGGAACCACCCAAAACAUGCUCACCGACAACGGUUCUCGAUGGCAAAACCGUCUUUUCAUCGGCUUCUUUUAGGUUUGCUAAAGAACGACGUCGUAGAGGGCAGAUGCAAGGGUCGUUUGAUAGUAACUGUAGCGGUGGGUGGAGUCCGAAUGAUGAUAACGGUUGUUUGGGACAGGUAGAUGACAAAAGUGACCGGCAGAAAGUUGGUAGAGAGAACCGGCAGUUUGGGUCGUUUAGGUUGUUAAGUGGUAGCCGUAAAGUUAUUUCGAUGGAUGGAGGAUUUUCCGAUGAGAAUAAGAUGAGGAGAAAUUCUAGUUUGUCUAAAGUCACCAGGUCUCACUUUUGGGCGACGGUGUAUAAAGGUUUUAAGCAAGUAGUUCCAUGGAGGAAGAAGACUAACAAGGAAAGCUUCAUUCUUUGACUUGCUUUCAUCCAUGAUCCUGUAUUAGUAUAUUAAUCGGGGUUUGUAUCGGAUAUUGAUUCGGUUCAAGUAUGUAUUGUUAUUGUCAUCGUCUAUAUUGUGUUAAAUUGGUAUUGAAAGAAAGUUAUUUGUCAUUUUCCAAUUUAA